AUGCUUUGCGGCCAUUGUCGUUCACCUACAAAGUCACCAGAGCCCCCACUAACACCGCCGCGCAGGGCCUCUUCGAGAGAGCAGAAGCAGAUCCUCGCUGAUAUCAACACGGGAUCUCAGAAAUUCAGUAGACGGCUGCUACCACCACGAACGAUAAGCAACAAGCGAAACGGGACGAUCGACCCUCUACCUGCUCCGAUUACUGGCGAAGCAAGCCAGCAAGAAGAGCGACGAGGCCGGAAAUCGACGAGCUCCCUGCGACCGGGACUCCCCAAGCGAACCAGCAGUAUGAAGAGAGCGUACAACUAUUUCUUCGGCGGACCUGCACCGGUACCGGCCACGGCCGAGCCAGCGACGCCCGCCGUGACAACCGACGCGACGCCGCCGAGCAAGGUCGAGUCGAGCACGCAGGACAAUGGCGUCGACACGCCGCCCGAGACACCACGUGAGGCGCCCACACGGUUAAGUGAAGACGAAGCAGACUCGCCCUCGCCGCCCUCACCACAGGCGUCCGACAGCCUCGAGACGCAGAUCGAGAAGCUGAAGCGGAAGCUCAAGCACGCCGAAGCCGACCUCGACGAAGCCCAGCGCGUCGCCGCCACACAAGAUGAGCACGUGCGCACGCUCGAGGACGACCACGAGGAGCGCAAGAAGGAGUUCGAGGCCCGCGAGCAGUCGCUGCAGCAGGACAAGAAGGACCUCGAGGAGCACAUGGUCAGCGUCGUCGUCCAGCAGGUGCGCGAGGCCAAGGCCAAGGAGAGGAACACCGUCCGCGACGAGUGCGAGGCCGAGUUCAACGCAAAGAUCGCCGACGUCAACAAGGAGGCUGAGGAGCUCCGUGCCACCGUCGCCGACCUCGAGAAGCAGAUUGCCUCGUACAAGGAGGAGGUCGAGCAGCUCAAGGCCAAGCUUGACAGCGACAAGUCCGCCGGCACCGAGUCGGUCGACAGGUCCGAGGUCGAGGCCAAGGAGACUGAGCUCGCCAGCGCCAAGUCGCAGUUGGAGGAGCUCACCGCUGAGAAGAGCAAGACCGAGAAGGACCUUGCCGACGCUCUUGCCACGAUUGAGGACCUCAAGGCUCAGACUGUCGCCAAGGACGAACUCGACACUCUCGCCGCUGACCGUGACGCGCAAAAGACCAAGGUCGAGGAGCUUGCCGCCGAGGUUGCCGUUCUGAGAACGCAGAUCGACGAGUUGGAGGGCCUCAAGGCAAAGCACGCUGAGCUCGAGGCCGCCCACAGCAAGCUCUCCGAUGAGCUCGCUGCCCGUGGCACCCAGGACGCUGACGCUGACAAGGCGUCGAAAGAAGAGGCUGAUGGCCUUCGCAGCACCAUUGCCGAGCUCCAGGCUUCCCUCAAGGAGGCUAAGGACACUCUCGACCAGAAGGCUGCUGAGCUCGACGCCAAGACCAAGGAGCACGCUGAUGCCGCCGACCAAGUCACUUCGCUCACCGAGUCCUCCAAGGGCGAGGUCGAGAGCCUGAAGACUGAGAUCGCCGAACUCCAGGAGAAGCUGAAGACCGCCGACAUGUCCAAGGGCGAUGCUGAUGAGCUCGCUCAGAAGGUAUCCUCCCUCGAGAAUUCGUUGAAGGAGGCACAAGAUGAGCUUGCGGCCAAGACAUCUGAGCUCGAAGCUUCUUCAUCCUCCCUCGCAUCCGAGAAGGACGCCGCCGUCAAGGCUGCCGAAGAGGCCAAGAGCGAAGUCGACGCUCUCACCACCAAGAUCUCCGAACUCGAAACUUCCCUCAAGGAGUCGCAAGACAGCCUCUCCGCCAAGGACGCUGAGCUCGAGACCGCUAAGGGUGACGCAUCCAAGGCUGUUGGCUCCGCAAAGGACGAGGUUGCCAGCCUCCAGAGCACCGUCAGCAAGCUUGAGGCCGAGAUAGAAUCCGCCAAGGGCUCCUCCGACGAGCAGACCACUGCUGCGAAGAAGGAAGCCGCUGAGGCUCGCGAGGCUGUCACCAAGCUUGAGGAGGAGCUGAAGGCCGCCAAGGACGAGUCUAGCAAGGCUUCUGAGGCUUCCAGCUCCAAGGUCACCGAACUCGAGACCUCGCUCAAGGAGGCCCAGGAGAGCCUUGCCGCCAAGGAGUCUGAACUUACCGCCGCGAAGGAGGAGGCUACCAAGGCUGUCGAGUCGUCCAAGGGUGAUGCUGAGGGUCUGCACAAGACUAUCGCUGACCUCGAGGCGUCGCUCAAGGAGGCCAAGGACAGCCUUUCGUCGAAGGAGUCUGAACUUGAGGCUGCCAAGGGUGAGACCACCAAGGCUACUGAGGAGUCCAGCUCGAAGAUCUCUGAGUUGGAGGCCAGCCUGAAGCAAGCUCAGGAUGACCUCACCGCCCACAAGGCCGAGUUGGAGACCGCGAAGAGCGAAGGUGGCAAGGCUGCUGAGCUCGAAGCUUCUCUUAAGGAGGCAAAGGACGCCCUCGCAUCCAAGGAGUCUGAGUUGGAAGCCGCCAAGUCAGAAGCCAGCACUGCUACCGAGUCGUCCAGCACCAAGAUCGCAGAGCUCGAGGCUUCCCUCAAGGCUGCUCAGGAGAGCCUGACCGCGAAGGAGUCAGAGCUCGAGGCCAAGUCCGCCGACGCUGGCAAGGUCUCUGAGCUUGAGGAGCAACUCGUCUCUGCCAAGUCUGAGCUCGAGGCCGCCACCAAGGAAUCGCAAUCAACCAAGGAAGAGGCCGAUGGCCUCCGCAGCAAGAUCACCGACCUCGAGACCUCUGCCAAGGGUGGUGCCGAUGAGUCUGCUGCCAAGAUUGCAGAGCUUGAGGCAUCGCUCAAGGAGACUACGAGCAAGCUGGAGGCGAAGGAAGCUGAACACUCCGAAUCACUCAAGGCUGCUCAGUCAUCAAGCGAAGACAAGGUCGCCGCUCUCGAGAAGGAGCUUGCCGAUGCGAAGGCUGAGGCUAGCAAGGUUGCCGACCUCGAGGCAUCUCUCAAGGACGUCACCAGCAAGCUUGAGGCUAAGGAGGCUGCCGCAUCAUCUGGAGAUGAGAAGGUCGCCUCUUUGGAGAAGGACCUCGCCACCGCUCAGGAAUCACUUGAGGAGACCAAGAAGGCCAAGGACGCUGUUGAGGAAGAGCUCAAGGCAUCCAAGCAGGCUGAAGCCGAGGCGAAGGAGGGUGCUUCCAAGGCGUCUUCCGUCGAGUCUGAACUCGCUGACCUCAAGGCCUCGGCCGAGAAGUCUACUGCCGAGAAGAGCGAGCUUGAGGAGAAGAUUAAGGCCAACGAUGCUAAGAUCGCUGAGCUCGAGUCUACCGUCGAGGCCGCCAAGGCUAAGGAGUCUGAACUCACCGCCCUCCAGGCUAAGCUCGACGAGGCCACCGCUGCCUCUGAGACCGCGACCAAGGACCUCGAGACCUCCAAGACUGAAGCUGCCGACGCCAAGAAGACCCUCGAGUCCCUCCAGGCUACCCUGAAGGAGCAAGAGGAGAAGACCAGCGCCCUGACAUCCGACGCCGAAACCGCAAAGAAGGAGCGUGAUGACAUCAAGACCGAACUUGCCAGCGCUAAGGAGCAACUCGAGAAGGCUCAGGCUGAACAAGAGGAACUCAAGAAGGCCAACGCUGAGAUCUCUUCCAAGGCUGAAUCCAAGGAAUCCGCCGCACCCGCCGUCGAGCCCGCCCCUGAGCAAGUCGCCACCGAGCCCGUUGCCGAGCCCGUCGCCGAAGCCAAGGUAGAGCCCGAAGCCGUUGCUGACGUUCCUGCCGUCGACGGUGCCGCCGAGACUGAAGCUACCAAGGAGGCUGAAGAGCCAAGCACACCUACCACACCUACUACCCCUGGCAACCAAGCCGAAGAGGAAGACGGUGAGGCGAACGGCGACGCCACACCUAGCUCGGGGAAGAACAAGAAGAAGAACAAGAAGAAGGGUAAGAAAUAA